GACCUGACCUGCCAACCCGCUAUGUAUGCCACCUUGUCUCCACGUUCAUUUGACUUCCUACUCCAAAAUCCAAACGACCAAACCCCUCUUUCUCUAUAUAUAUUCCCCCCCUUCCGUUUCUCCUCCUCAACCUGCCCUACUCCGGCGACUAUUUCAACCCCUCUUCAUUUCUAACUUACGAUCAAGAUAUGAGUGAACAGAAGCGUACCCCUCGUUUGAACGAAAGGAUCCUAUCUUCCUUAUCAAGGAGAUCCGUCGCUGCUCAUCCAUGGCAUGAUCUUGAGAUUGGACCCGGAGCUCCCCAAAUUGUCAAUGUGGUUAUUGAGAUCACAAAAGGAAGCAAAGUGAAAUAUGAACUUGAUAAGAAAACUGGGCUCAUCAAGGUUGAUCGCAUCUUAUAUUCAUCUGUUGUCUACCCUCAUAACUAUGGCUUCAUUCCUCGCACCCUAUGUGAAGAUAAUGACCCCAUGGAUGUUCUUGUCCUAAUGCAGGAGCCUGUGCUUCCAGGAUGUUUUCUUAGAGCUAGGGCCAUUGGACUGAUGCCUAUGAUUGAUCAGGGAGAAAAAGAUGACAAGAUUAUUGCAGUAUGUGCUGAUGAUCCAGAGUAUCGUCACUACACUGAUAUUAGCCAGCUGGCACCUCAUCGUUUGGCUGAGAUCCGCCGAUUCUUUGAGGACUACAAGAAAAAUGAGAACAAAGAGGUUGCAGUGGAUGAGUUUCUGCCUUCGGAUACUGCUCAUGAUGCCAUUCAAUACUCAAUGGAUCUUUAUGCUGAGUACAUCAUGCAGACGUUGAGGAAAUAGAUGGUGAUGGGGCCAUAACUUAUAUAUCCACCAUCCAUAGUUAUUGAUGGUGGCAAUUUUUCUCAUUUUGUGUUGGACUAUGAAAGAAUGAUUUUUGUUAUUGUUAUUUUGUUAUUUUUCUAUUAUCACCGAUUAUGUAAUACUCAUUGGAUAAAUCAAAUUUGGUAUGAUGUUUAUUAUGAAAUCAAGAAGUGUUGUAUGGGAAAA